AGAUUAGACUAGCUAUCCAUGUACCCACUGCCAUGGACAACUUGACCCUGGCUGCCUGUGCUGCCUUCCUCACCGCUGCUGCUGUGUUGGGCUCGAUGGCUUGGCUCGGCCAUGUGGUACAGAAGAAGAGCUUGACGUCUCAUCAUGUGCCUCACAAGGUUUCAGAACACGCUGUUCUCUGGCUCCAAGCAGCUGAAUUGGGAGACACACAAACGCUCCGGCAAGAGGUGCAAAUGCGUCCAGAACUCCGGGAAGCGUGCAAUGCGAAGGGUGAGACUGCCUUGAUUCUGGCAGCCCGCUUGGGACACUUGUCUGCCUGCAAGCUAUUGGUUUCCUUGCGCGCAGAUGUCGAGGCCACAGACAGCAGCGGCGGCACUCCUUUGACUCAUGCAGCGCAUGGGAAGCAUAAAGAAGUUUGCCAGCUGCUAUUGGAUCAUGGCGCCGACAUUGAGGCCAUUGACUGUGGUGUGAGAAGCACUGGUUGUUUCGUACAAUGAGAGG